UUUCCGGUGCAGAGUAGGCAGCGGCUGAUAUCGUUUACUCCCUGUAAAAGGUUAUUCGAUUUUUUCGGUCAGGAGCUGGAAUAGUAAUUUUUAAUACAAUCAUGCCUUUCAUUAACCUGGAAAGUAACCUACCAGCAAGUAAAUUCACGGAUGAUUUUUUGAAAAAACUGUGCUCUGCAGCGGCAGCUGCCCUUCAGAAACCUGAAGAAAGAAUGAAUCUAUCCGUGAAGUCGGGUCUGGCGAUGCUCAUUGGCGGGUCCACCGCGCCCUGCGUCGUUCUGUGUGUGUCCGCCAUCGGCGUGACCGACACGGCGGAGAAGAACAAAGAACACAGCGCCAAGCUCUUUCAGUUCCUCACCGGGGAACUCGGCCUGACCGAGGACCGGAUUGUCAUCUGUUUCUACCCGCUGGAGCCCUGGCAAGUUGGAAAGAAGGGGACUGUGAUGAGUUUCCUGUAGGGGAGGGGCACGCCACCUUUCCCCCUGGAGCUCAACGCAAGCCGUUCCGUGCAUUCACCGUGGACCCAUUAUACUGAAACAAGAUUCUCCCCGGUGUUAGAAUUUUGUAGAAUACAACGGGGGUUUUAGACGCACUUAGUAUAAACCUACCCUGUAUAAAUACAGGUUAAAUUUAAUUUCAUAGAAUCUGUGUAGAAACAUAGACUUGUCAAAGGAGAAUAAUUAAAUCCUUGUUUGAAUUUGUUUAAGGGCGUAUGCCAUUUAGAGGCAGUGAAACAAUUUGGUUACAUAAUGCCUAAAGAUCCACACAGCCGUUAGGCCCUUGAGCAAGGCCCUUAACCCUGCUUUGUUCCAGGGGAGGAUUGUCUGCCAUUAAUGUAAUGUAAAGGGUCAACUGUUCGUGCUCAUUUCAAAUGUAGUUAGUUUAAAUCUCCCAUUUUUAAUUGGAUAAAAAAAAAAAAAACAUAAGGUUUGAUUGAAUUGCAUAUUCAUUCAACUGCUGAAAUGCAUUUGACUGAUUCUCAACCUUUUCAUAGGGAAGGCAAGUGUGCCCACAGAGUGGGCAGCAGUAGUUGGACUGGUACAUUUCGCAGACCCCUUUCUGAGCCAAAUUCAGAUGAGCUCAUUGGUGGGAUGUGUGAUGUAGAUGCAGAUUUAUGGCGUGCCUAAAAUUUAUUUUUAAGAUUCGCUGUUUUGGAUAAGAAUGCAAAGCUUUCGGUGGAAAUUGAGGUAUCUCUGCAUCACCUGCCAAUCCUUUAAAAUUAAAAUAGAAAUGAAAACCACGUUCAGGAAGUA